AUGGUGUGGCCACGUUUUUUGCCAGCUCUGCGCGUAUUGUGCCUACUGUGCUGGCUAAUCGUUGGCGGCGUCCAGGCUUUCACACAACGGUCUUGGGCAGAAGCCUAUUCUCUUGCGAAUGAGACCGUCCAACAGUUGACACUGGACGAAAAGCUAGGGUUGGUUAUUGGAGUAGGGCAAUUCGGCAGAAAUAUUACACCCCCCAGCCGUUCCAUAACGCUAUCAUCGACGACCCUUACUAUCCCGCCUAUAUGUUUUAACGACGGUCCCGCUGGUCUGCGGCUCGUUAAGGAGGUCACCGGAUUCCCAACGGGUAUUAAUGCCGCAAGUACGUUUAGCCGUCGUCUGAUGCGAGCAAGAGGCGUGGCACUCGCCGAAGAAUUCAGAGGCAAGGGCGUUCACGUCCUUCUCGGUCCGGCUAUGGAUAUUAUGAGAAACCCCAAAGCUGGACGAGGAUGGGAGAGCGCCGGCCCUGACCCUUACCUGAGUGGGGAAUUUGCAUACGAAACGAUAGUCGGCGUCCAGAGCGUGGGUGUUCAGGCCUGCGCGAAGCAUUUGAUAGCCAAUAAUCAAGAGCAUUGGAGGUACGGUCUAAGCGCAGAUGUGGACGACAGAACGCUCCAUGAAAUAUAUUGGUGGCCUUUCAUGCGGAGUAUCGACGCUGAUGUCGCUUCCGUCAUGUGUGCGUAUAAUCGGUUUAACCAAACAUCGUCUUGUCAUAAUGAGGCGCUUAUCGGCUCAAAUGGGUUGUUAAGACAAGGUGGAUUCCAAGGUUACGUUGUAUCGGAUUGGGGUGCUACGCAUGACUCCGCCAGCGAUAAUGCGAACGCCGGGUUAGACAUGGAACAACCAGGAGACUACAUCGUGAUAGGUGGCGGCGUGUACGGCAAUGGAGGCCUGAAAAGCGCUGUGAACAACGGAGGCGUUUCCGUCACUAGACUCAAUGAAAUGGUUGUCCGAGUACUCGCUUCCUUCCUUCACCUCGGCCAGGAUUCCGACUACCCAGACAUCAAUUUCAACGCUCAAGAGCCUGACGGGUCUGGGAACUUGAACCUGGGCGUCUCAGUUCGGUCAGAAGCUCAUACUGCUCUGACACGAGAAAUUGGGGCCGCUUCUGCCGUCUUGCUCAAAAACAACCGAACUACUACAACUGGGUCCGUUUCGGGGGUGACCGUAAGAGGCCUUCCCGUGGCGCAGGAAAGGAUCAAGACAAUCGCUAUAGUUGGCCAGGAUGCCAAGAUGCCAAAUCUGAACUGUAAUGGCUUGGGCGAGUGUAACGACGGGACGAUGAGCGUUGGCUGGGGCUCUGGUACCAACUCAUUGCAAUACAUUGUCCCACCAAUCGAUGCCAUUACCGAUUUCGUUGGCAGUUCGGCAACGAUAACUUCGUCCUUGUCGAAUGAUUUAUCCGCUGGUCCCGCCGCCGCGAAAGGGAAGGAUCUGGCCAUUGUAUUUGUAAAUGCAAUGAGUGGCGAGCUCGGGGCUUAUGACAUUGUGGUGGGCAAUAUGGGUGAUAGGAAUGAUUUGGACCUCUGGUAUAAGGGUGGCAGUCUCGUUAAAGCUGUUGCCGCCGUUUGUAACAAUACCGUUGUGGUCGUGCAUUCGGUUGGACCGGUCUAUCUGGACUGGAGUACGCACGUUAACGUAUCGGCAGUGAUAUACGCUGGUGCUCCCGGUGAACAGACCGGACCCAGUAUUGUUGAUAUUAUUUGGGGAGCCGUUAAUCCUAGCGGACGGCUCCCCUUCUCCAUUGCAUAUGACGAAGACGCGUAUGGCACCGAAAUUGUAUACAACAGUCUAGGCUUUCCCACCGUAUGUCCAUGCUCCUUGAUCACCUACAACGAGAAGCUACUCCUCGAUUACCGUUACAUGGAUCAACAGGGAAUUACGCCUCAAUUCGAAUUUGGCUUUGGUUUGUCGUUCACAACCUUUUCAUACUCGUCUCUUUCCAUUACUUCCUCUGGAAGUUCCAAAGUGAUAUCAUUCAAUAUUGCCAACACCGGGGCUUUUGACGGGACCGAGAUUCCCCAGAUGUACCUCGGUUUACCCGAUGGUGCCGGCGAACCUCAGAAGGUGCUUAGGGGCUUCGACGAAGUUGUUCUAGCGGUUGGAGAGACAAGUACCGUUAGCAUGACCAUCUCCCAGAAGGAAAUGAGUAUAUGGGACGUUCCGAGUCAAUCAUGGGUGAAACCCUCGGGCACUUUUACAGUGUACGUUGGAGCCUCCAUCAAGGACAUUCGUUUAACAGGGUCCUUUUGACAUGGAUGUUUCCGUGAUCAUGGUGGAACUUGGAUCUGGGAUCUCUCUUCCGUAUUCUAUUCGCUCUAAACAGUGGAAGCCGUUUUAUAUUCUUGCUGAAAAAAGACAUUUGUAUAGCUGUCAUCUUUUCAUACUCGCCUGUAUUGCUUCCGGUGACUCUGAGAAGAUUUUAGGCUAUUACACAUGCUGACAAUUUAGAUGACCCCACUUUCACACAUCCUUGCAUUACAAGUGGGUCGUUUUAAUUCUGCUACUCCCCGCGACGUGGUUUGAAAUUGUACUGGUUGCGAAUGAUCUUCAUG